AUGAGCAGCGGAUUCUCGUUUGGAGCCAACACUGGUAAAACUGGCGGAGGAUUCAACCUGGGCAACAAUGCCUCUUCUGGUACCACCGGAUCGGGAUCCACCGGCUUCUCGUUUGGAGCUGGUAACAACAACAACAAAACCACAAACAACACCAACACAUCCGGAGGCACUGGCGGUCUUUUUGGAGGAGGUGCCGCAGCUGGAGGAGCUGCCAAGCCCUCGUUAUUCAGUGCCUCUGGCGCUUCUGGAGCUGGAGCUGGAGCUGGAGCUGGAGCUGGAGCGUCAUCUGCUCCCAAGUUUAGUUUCGGUGCCACUCCUUCUGCUUCUACUCCUGCUGCAUCGUCGACUGCCGCCCCUGCGGCCUCUGGAGGUCUGUUUGGAGGAGGAGCCGCUUCUUCCAAGCCCUCGUUUGGAGGAUUCGGUGCUGCUAAGACCGACGAUAAGCCUGCUGCUCCUGCCGCAUCUACUGGAGGAUUCUCGUUUGGAGCCAAGCCUGCCGACGCUGCUGCCGCGCCUAAGCCUUCCUUUGGAGGUUUUGGAGCAACCAAGACGGAAGACAAGCCCGCUGCUGCUUCUACUGACUCUGCUGCAAAGCCCAGCUUCAGCUUUGGAGGAGCCACCAAGACUGAGGCUCCCAAACCUGCUGCCACCGGAGGAUUUUCUUUUGGUGCAAAAACCGAAGAGAAGAAGGAUGAAGCUCCCAAGCCUGCAGCAACGGGCGGUUUCUCUUUCGGAGGUGCCAAGACUGAGGAGAAGAAGGAUGAUACUGCUAAGCCUGCUCUAAGCUUUGGAGGAGCCACCGCUGGAGCUCCCGCCGCCGGUACUACUGCCGCUGGCACCACAGGUACCGCUGCUCCCGCUGCUCCCGCUGCUGGAGGCCUAUUUGGAGCCAAAAAGGACGAUAAGAAGGAGGACGGAAAGACCUUGCCUUCUUUAACUGCUGCUCCUGCCACCUCUGCUGCUUCUAUGGCUUCCAAGACCCCCGUGGCGUCGGCUCAGCCCGUGUCCACCUCCAACCUCAAGAACAAGUCAAUGGAAGAUAUCAUUUCCAAGUGGACCACAGAGCUGUCAACCCAGUCGGAAGAGUUCAGACAGCAGGCUCAGGAUAUCAUGGAGUGGGACAAGGUGCUUGUAGACAACGGCGACAAGAUCUCCGACAUUUAUGCCAAGGUGAUCCAGACAGAACAGACACAGACCAAGGUGGACCAACUGUUGCAGUACGUCGGCAAGCAGCAGGACGAUCUGGAGAGCCUGCUAACAGGUUACGAGGAGGAGGCUUCUCGUCUACUGGGCGAUCUGGCUGGCACUGAUGGUCUUCAGCCCGUGGACCAGGAGCGUGAGAACGCUUACAACCUUGCUGAGGAUCUGGGUAUCAAGCUGGAGAGCAUGGGUGGCAACCUUUCUUCUGUGAUUGAAGAGGUGAACAAGAUUUCCAACGACAUCAACAACUUCCAUCGAGAUGAUGCUCUGACCCAGAUUGUCAAGAUUCUCAACUCCCAUCUCUCGUCUCUGCAGUGGAUCGACUCCAACACCCAGAGUUUGGAGCAGAAUAUUGAGGCCAUCAAGCUGCUGGAGAAGCAGGUCAACUCUCGAAUGUACGGUAGAUAG